UAUCUUCAUACGCCCGACUGUUGUAGCAUGUUAGAUACUUGUUUUGAUGUUUGAAUUUUAGAAAACUUAUGUGCGAAAAAAAAUCGCAAAACGAGACCACAUACCAUACUGCCUCUUUGGUGUAAAUCUUUAAGUACUGAGCAAUCAGUGUCAAUGCUGUAGGUGUGAUUUUGGUUCUGUUUUCGGGUGAAAAGUAAAGUGUCAGAAUCCGUGCUAAGGUAUUUAAUGAGAGAAGCUCUUCGUCUUUUUCCAUAUUCAAGAUGAUUGAAAAACUGCUUAACACGGAAGAUUGGGACGAGGAAAACGAUAGUGAUUUUGUUUUAGAAGACACUGAGCAGUCAGAAAGUGAGUUUUCCGAUACAAAUGACAGCGAUGGUGAGGAAGAAAGUGAAAGCAGACCGCUAGCAACGAACGACUCUAAAUUGCCGAAGAACGACGAACAAGCAAAGACAAUUAAGGAAAAGGAACCCCUAAAGGAGAAAAAAGAGACUGCAGAAACCCGGCUCGUUUCGGAGCCGGUUGCUCAAGUUGUAGAAACCGUUGAGACGAAAACCACGGAAGAAAAAACGAUUACUCAGACUCUUCCUGCAUCUCAGGCAUCGGCAGCACCCAGUAUUUCUCGUUUGCCUACGAAAAAACCCCUUCGGAGGCGUCGUCCUUCUCCAAUUGCUGCAUCUGCAUCUGGUACCAAGACGAAAAAGCCCAAGCUCAACACUUUACAGGAAGCGCAACAAGACUGGAAAUCAUUUGUUCAAAAGAAUGACAUAGAGACGGAACUUCGUCAUCGGAACAAAGAUGGCUAUGUCGAGCGUCAAGAGUUUCUUGCGAAAACCGAAAUUGCUCGUGAGUUGCAACUUCGGAAUCUGAAGAAGAAAUAGAACGGCAAAUUAGUCUACAGUUGUACUUCAUAGAGUUGCUUAUGACUGUCAGCGAGUUGGUAGACGCUUGUCUGACAGAGACACGGUUUGGCAAGCAGGUUAUUCAGAAAAAUGAACUCAACUUGAUUCCAUGAAGGAAUCUUGGAAAUGUAUUAUGAACUGCAAUUGUCAGAUACAAUUGUUGAAUGAGAAUUGUAAAGCCGGAUGUCGUUGCUAUAGUCAUUUCAUUUGUAAUACUCGUAUAAACUAUAUUAAAACACAGGAUUAUUCCCA